UGUGGGCAGAAGCACCAGAGAAAGAGGUGGUCGGUGAUCAGCCUGCCUGGGACCUUACAUUAAGAGGGGACACAGAGACUACCAAGAAAAUGCUGAGCUGCUGUCCUCAGGUUCCUCACUCUGUGAUCUUCCUGCUGAUGCUACUUCCAUCACUGCUUAGGACAGAGAACUUCUUGUACCAGUACCACGACUGGAAAAACUACCACGGACUUGGUUUGGACCCCAGAACUUUCUCCUAUGAAGACCAGAACCCAAAGCAUAUGUGGCACCAAAGAAAUUCGGCUCAAGAACCAUGCCAGGCUACUCCUGACAUCUACUUUGUUCUGGAUAAGUCUGCUCACAUGCUGUACGGCUGGCCACACAUUCCCAAGUUUGUGCUGGACUUGGUGACGAGGUUAUCAAACCCGGAUCUGCGAGUGUCUAUCAUCACCUACUCCUGUAAGGGCAACGUCAUCUUGCCCAUCACUGGAGACAGAGAAGAAAUCCUCAAGGGUAUUGAAAGAAUGAAGUAUAGCAUAACUGCAGGACAUGAACUCAUUUACCAAGGAUUGUGGAAGGCAAAUAAGCAGAUAAUAAGGGGCAACAGAAGAGGUGCCCAGCACCCUAGCAUGGUCAUCUUCUUGCUCCAUGGCCCUCUGGAUAAUCAGGCCUAUGGGUAUUCGCUGGCAGAGACUAAUGAUACUCGAAGAAUGGGAGGAUACGUUUGUGGUGUGGGUACUGGCCAGUCUGAGAGGAAUCAGAUAAUAGGACUUGCAGGCAGUCAGGAAUAUGCAUUUACAAACAAGAAACCUGAAGAACUGAGUGACCUCAUUAUACCAUUAUCGUCCAAGGCCUGUCCAUCCCUUAAAACUGCAAUUACACGCAUUAUAUGUAUAAGAGAAUCAAACCCAGUGGUACUUGAAGGAUACGGCUUUGACUUUGCCAGGCGUAAAGAAGACGUUAUCUGCAGGUUCUAUUUUGGUGGCGCAAAAAAGACUAUAAUAGAUUCCCCCCCCAUCAAUAUAACCAAGACGACUGUUACUUGUCCUGGACCAAUUGUAGAUUCUGCGGGAAGAGCGAUCCAUAUUCAACUCAGCCUGGACAAUGGAAAAAACUUUCUGCAUAACCAUUUAUACGUUGCCAGUAGGACAUGUGGCAAAAGUCCACUAACUACAGUUAGAUAUGGCAGUACCACAACCACUAGGAGAACCACAACAACUACAACUACCACCACAACUCCAUCUACUACGCCUACCACCGAAACCACCACAAAGGAACCAAAGCCAAGCAUCGAUAAAUUCAUUUUUGCCCCUGUCCUCCUGGCCCUGCUGCUGCUGCUGUUGCUGAUCGGUUGUUUCUGGCAGCUAUGCUGUGUUCCGCCUGUAAAGGAGCUGCCCCCACCUAAGCCCCAACCACAGCCCAGAGAGAAGAAACAACCUCCUCCGGUGUCUCCCCCGGUACCCACCAGACCUGUAAACCCACCCCCCAUCUUGAUCAUCUGCUGUUGUACCUGUCGUGGCCUGUAUGUGAGCCGAGACAUGAAGGGCAAUGUGACUGUGUGCAACUUCAAUCCCCUAUGCUGCCCCCAGUUGCCAUUGAGAUGGCCUCAGUAUGGUGGCCAGGGGUGGUUUACCAAUUGGGCACUCCUGAAGGAACCCUGCAUCCCCAUGGCCAGUCUGCCUGCUGGACGAGAGCAUCUGCCUUUAGCUUCCUGCUCUCAGUGCCACCGUCUCUCAGCUAACCACUCCAGGUAUUCCUCCAACUUACGGCAGCUUGCUCUUCAUCCUUGGGCUCCCAGAGUUCCACAGUCACUCCCUCCUACAUAGUGGACAUCUCAGGGGCACAAAGCGAAGACUAAGAAGUCUUUGCUGCUAUA